UAAAAAGCAUCGCAGAGCAGCCGUGGUUGGCUGCAAAUUGUUAGAGUUCUGCGGAGGCAGCAGAGGAUGGGCGGUCGGGUUGACACUAAGGAGCGUCAGAGGGGAAGGAAGGAGGUCUUUAGAAGAAAAAGGGCAGAUUAGAAAGGACGAGAAAGCAUCGACGGAGGGAAAGUCGUGACUCGGACACCGCGACACGAGGGGGAGAUGCGAAAGAGAGGAGGGUGCUGGUGGUGGAGAAGUAGGCUGACGGUGUGCGGUCGUGAGGGGGUGGCGGCGUGGAAGGGUCGUGCGCUGCGACGCUGCACGAGAGGGCGGAUGUCAGUCCACGUUCGAGCGGUCGCCGGUAUGGGCGCGUGAACGGAACAGUCGAUCGGACCGCGUUUGCUUCGCUACCCUUCGCGGUUCUCCGCGACGGAAAGUUGAUAACUCCACGAUGUUUAAGACACGCGAUUGAAAGUGACCGAGAGAAAGAGGGAGAAAGAGAGAAAGAGAGAAAAAGUGCGUGCGUACGCGUGAAACGGCGCAGAGUUGACCCAGUGGGAUGGUCAUCGGUGCGAUGCAAGCAGCGUGUCGUUGAAGACGCGGAUGUAUCGCUCGAAAGAGUUUCCCGGCCGAUCAAUAUUUAUUUUGAAAAACGCAACAACAAUUUUUCGAUAUCAGUAUAUCGGUACAUCGAGAAGAAAUCAGUACCAGUUCUGUACAAUUUUGUAGCAAUUUUCUAGCUCGUAGUAGUUUUGUACGUAAUUAUCAGAUAGAGAACAAUAACUGUUAAAUUCGUGAUACAGCGGUUAAUACGUGUGACAUGUGUCUAUCGCAAAACGGUCGUAAAAGUAAUCGCGAGGAACGCUUUUUGCAAAUAAACUUGCGACAAAGUGUGAAUUGUAAUAACUAAGGAAGGAAUCGCGACGAUUGGACAGACCGAAGCAACGCGACGGUGAAGCAGUGACUGCUAAAGUGUGUGCGCCUUAGCCUAAAAUCAUGGUCAAGGGCACAGUCAAGAACAGCAACGGCGAAUGUCCUCUGCACUGGACCAUUAAUCCUGUCGGGCAACAUAGACAUCUUCUUCAGGCGGCCGCCUUCUACCUGGCAGUGUUGGCGGUUUUGUGGUGCAUUCGCGCAUGCAUCUAUCACCGGAUCUCUGAGACUGACCAGGUGGUGCUGACACUGGUGGACACCGCAGCGGCUGGAUUGCAGAAUCUGGCCGAGCCGAAGAUCGAUCACGAGUUUCCUUCGCGAUCGUCCGUCAAAAAUUCCACGUUGUUGGGUGAUAAUCAGGCCAAACAAUCCGAACAUGUAAAGGAGUCUAUGCCAACGACGCAGAUUCCGCCGCCACCGAUUGUCGAUGAGACGACGGAGCGAUCAAAUGACACCGCUGUUCUCGGGGCCGAUGAGGAGGCACUUUUGUUGAAGAAGAUCAGUGCUGAGGAGCCGCCGGAGGUUGUAGUGAUUGUCAGAGCGGAGCAAAAGAUCAACGCGGACGAGUUGGAGCUAAGAGUCGAGGAGGAAGAUGUUAGUCAGGGUCAGGUGUCCGAGGAAUUGUCAUCAAAGGGUGACGACACGUUUACCACGGCGUCAGAAUUAAACGACACGGCGGCCAGAGCACGAUUGGUCGGUGACAGUAGGGACGAGACUGCAGCGGUAAUCCUGAACGGGCUCGUCACUUCAGGUCCUACCGAGCCACAUGAGGACAUACCGUCUUUUAGCGAGUGGGCUCAGAAGCGUUUGGAGGAGGCUGAAAAGAAGAAAACUCAUCCAAACGCUUCCGUGCAAACCCCAGGUGGUCCAGGACGAGGCGUAAGUGGAAUGAAAAUUCGCAACAAAAAUUACGCUUCUCCUGACUGUGGUGCCAAGAUCGUGGCAGCCAACCCCGAAGCGAGUAGCGCCAAGAACGUUCUAGUAUCCACGCGGGACGAAUAUAUGUUGAACGCCUGCACGUCUCGCGUUUGGUUCGUCGUCGAGCUGUGCGAAGCGAUACAAGCAAAGAAAAUAGAGCUGGCGAACUUUGAACUCUUCAGUUCGUCGCCGAAGGAUUUUUCCGUCUAUGUGAGCGACCGAUUUCCCACCAAGGACUGGAGUCCGGUCGGUCAGUUCACUGCCAAGGACGUGAAAGAUGUUCAGAGCUUUGCUCUACAUCCUCACUUCUUCGGCAAGUUUAUCAAAGUUGAGCUCCAAUCGCACUAUGGCUCUGAACACUUUUGUCCUGUCUCAUUGUUUCGCGCUUAUGGUACUAGCGAGUUUGAAGUGUUGGAAACCGAGACUGAGAAUGAGACCUUGGAAGAAAAGAGCACGGAUGAGGACGAUGACGAAGAUAGUGACGAGGAGGAGCUGUUAGAUAGCGAAGGUGACUCACCGAGUAAUCUCUUUGGUAGCGCACGCGACGCCGUGCUGAAUGUAGUGAAGAAAGCCGCGGAGAUUCUGGUCAAGUCCAGUGGUCUCACUGGAAACAAUAUUACGCAGAUUCAGCAAAGUAUCGACCACGGUAACAUUUUGGACAAUUCAUAUACGAGCUGCACGACACCAAGAUAUACAAUCUUUUGUGGCAACUGUACUGAUCAGAAGUUUGCUAGUGUUUUCCAGCUGGUUAGCUGCAAGAACCGGCAGUUAGAUGAGUUGUUUAGGAUCGAUCUGGUGAACAGAACUUUGAGGCGAGGAAGGUUGUGCGCUCUUCACGGAGUGGAGAUUGAAUCGUUUUGGCGAGGAAAAGAGGAAGAUGAAACGAAGCACGAUGACACGACACACUUUAAUUUGGCGGAAGAUCUCCAGGCAACUUUUUUAACGUCUUUCUUUAAACCUGAGUAUAUCGUGGCAUUGUGCAACGUUUUGGCCACAAAAGAACGUAAGGUGGUAAUGAAUACGAGCUACGAAAUUUCCGUGAACAAAUCUAAAGACGCCGCCAGAAAAGACAUUUUAUCUACUAAGGAUUCCGGCAUAGAGGCCACUUUUCAAACAACCUCGACUUUGGAUCCAUGUAUUCUGGACUCAAGUCCUUCCACUCGCAAGUCUGUUACAUCCUCCAAGGAGAACCGACAGAAUCAAGGAGAACCGUUGACUCAGGACGUUAACAAGGAAAGUGAGAACAUUAGUAUUGCGACUAUAGAGACUUCUGCCAGCUUUCCAGAGAGCUUAGCGUCGCAGAUUAAGCCUACGAAGACACUCAGCAAAGAGGACUUGAAGAAGGAGUCAUCGGUACCGAAUUUAGAACCUAGUAAGGAAUUCACGGAGGAGACGUUGCAACCGCAAGUGCUGACGACCGUUCCGCCGCCAUCUAAUCCGACAUCAACAUUGAAAAUGGCCGAGGAGCUGCCUGUUUUAGGAACUCCUAUCGAGACGACACUGCCUAUAAGUAGCGUUCCGUUAAUAAACAUUGACAGCCAAGAAACUGGUGAGAGUACUGGCGUGCCUAAUACGGAAAGUAUCGAGACUGUUGCGCAAAUUAAAACGGAUAAGUCGGAUAAGUUGGAAAAUGGUGAACAGGACGGAAGACAAGCGAAAGAACUGAACGAGCAAGAAGCCCGAUUAUCGUCUCAGGAUAAUCUCUCCUUGGAUUCAUUACUAUCCGAUUUGAAAGAUUUGGAAGUUGACACAGCUAACUUGCAGAAUGGAGCGUCAAGCUCAUCGCCGACGACUCAGCCUACAGCAAAUGUUGUUCCUCAAAAAGAGUCUGUUUUUCUUCGAUUGUCUAACAGGAUUAAGAUUUUAGAAAGAAAUAUGUCACUUAGCGGGCAGUAUUUGGAGGAGUUAAGUCGACGCUACAAAAAGCAAGUCGAAGAAAUGCAGCGCUCAUUGGAGCGUGCGGUAGCUGCUAUGGGAGAGGAAUCUCGAAAAGGCGAGGAGCGUGAUGUUAAAAGAGCGGAAGAGAUCGCCAUUUUGAGGGAAGAAAUCGUUAUACUCUCGAAAUCGGUCGAAACGCUUCUUUACGAUCGAGACAGUUGGCGCAGUCGAAUAACUGCGAUUGUUCAACAUGCUUUAUUUAUCUGUCUGGAAGUCAUUGUUAUUAUCUCGAUUCUCUCUUACUGUCGUCGAAGGGAAGAUUUUGAGGAAGAAAAACUGGAAUCAGAUACGAGGGAUGCUGUGCGUCGAAAAAGCGCGGAAAACUUUAGUUCUCAUGCCGCGGCGAAGAAAACAAAAAAGCGACGACCUAGCGAAAUCGCUUCUCACAUUAGCGGCACGUAUCACGAGCUGAUGAUCGAUGAUCGACCUUUGGAGACAAAAAAAGAACGAAAGAAGAAGCGCAAGAAAGAAGCGUUUGCCGCUAGCGCUAGAGCAAUAGUUAAUACCGACGCAAGGCAGGAAGUGGUUCGUUACAAGAGUGUAUUGAAUGUGAUUCCCGGUGGUACGACGUUGCCUUCGAGAAGAUCGUCGUCCAUAGAUUCUCCAUACUCCGAAGAGUCGCAGAAUUCGGCCGGCAAGAGACCGGAAUCCGCACCUGAAACCACCGUCGGUUGGUUCGACGAUCAAAUAGAAAGAAUAGAAAGAAUCGUGCAACCUGUAUCGAAAGCUAAAACCUACGAGAGGGAAUCUGGAACGAGUUCCGAUCGUCAGGUCGACGAGCUUGGCAAACCUAAUGUGUCAUUAGCGGUUGUGAACAGGCCUGUCGAGAAAUCAGGCUCGUGUUCAAACACGAUCGAGCGGAAGCUCGAAAAGAACGGUUCGUUCAGGGCCGGUAGUAUCCUUAAAGGCGCGAGACUGAGCUCGCCAUCCUUCAUGAAAACUGCCUUGGGUGCGAGGAGCAAAAGAAAGCUCUCUACGAAUUCCACCGAGAAAUGGGAGUGGAGUCAAGAUUCGGAGCAUUCGAAUGACAGAUCCUCCCAGUCUAGCCCCACAGACUUCAAGACACUGUCACAGAUUGUCAGUGAUCGUGCCAAUGGAAGCACCGCGAACGGUUUGAUCGAGGAAAGCGACGAAUCGAGAAGCAGUAGCGCUACGCCUACGUCGAUCAAGAAAGAGAAGAGGAGCGGUUUGAAGAAAAUGGUGAGAAAGUUUUUCUGAUUGAAAUAGACCCGCCGCAGAUAUGACCUGAAACGUCGAUUUUUGAAUUAAUAGCCGUAUAAAUGCGUAUUCGUGAGAGUUUUAGGCUUUAUACCUUGCUUUAUAUUUUCGUGCCAGUUUCCUCAUUUUUCUCAGUUAAGUCGCUUAAUUCAAUUAUUGUCAAAAUACGGGCUCUAUUUGUUAUUAUACGAUAAAGUAUAAAAAUUGAUUUGAACGGAAAACAUGAAAAUACAAAACUAGAUUGAGUCAAAAGAUCUCACGAACCAAAUGUACGGAUAUACGCAUUCAUUUGGCGCAGAAUGAAAAGUGGUCGAGAGAGUGGAAUUGAGGAACUUGUCAUAGUUAUAAUAUACAAAUAUUUUUGUCUGAGCACGAUCUUUAUUUCACAGUUACUAGUCUUUCUAUGAAUUCGAGUGAACGAUAUGCGUUAAUUAUGUAAAUCGAUUAAAGUUUAAUCUUUUUAAUUCAAAAGACUGCAUGUACAUUUGAAGAAUGUAUUAUAUCUUAGAGAGAGAGACUUGAGAGAGUGAUAACUUACACAAUAUUUUGAAAUGUUACGGAUCGAAAUUGAAAAAAAAUCUCACGUGGUCGCGUAAAUUCGAGAAACUUCUUCCACCUUGUAAAAAGUGCUUAGCUUUAUGCGCUGUUAUCGGAACUAUGUUUUACUUUUACUAGUAAUAAUGGUAUCAUACGUAAUCAAUCAGCGUUUGGCGUACGCAUUAAUAAUAAGUGCAGCGAAAUACGUAAGUUUAUUAUAAAGCAUACGCUAACGCAAGGUUAAAUGUGAUCCCACCGUUGUGGAAAAAAAGAUGAGUAAAAUAUGACAUACGAGAAUAGAGUAGCUUGCGUAGUAUAUAUAAUUAUGAUUGAUCUUAAUCGAUGCAACGGCAGUGACUACAACGGUCUAGAGAACAUUUCUAUGUUUUCAUUUUAGAUCGGAUUAUUUAAUAUUUAUCUACAAAUUAUCGCCAAAGA